AUGGAUGUAACAGGGUUUGUGCAACAGCAUUUAGAAGCCCUCUCCCUAGUCGUGACUGCUGUGCGCUAUGAUGUGUUCAGCCAAACCAUCUUUUGGAUGAGGUUCGACAGCCCCGGUCUCAGCGACCUUUGCUCUUUCGUGAGCACGGUCAGCGAAGGUGACUUCUACCGGAUGUCUUGCAAAAUUCAUUUUCCCGCAGUUACGGUGCGCCUGCGAAGGGAAGGCCCUACUACUACGAACGCACAUAACACCUUUGAGGCAAUAAACUUUCCCUUGGUCAAUAUCAGCGCAAAAGCUGAAGUAAUCAUUAUGCUCAAUUCGACGAGACAUUUAGUCAUGCGCAUUACCGAGCUUAACUUCCUCAACCUGUCUGAUGAGCUGACGACAGCAGCCAAAGGAAAGCAGAUGUCCCUGUGGAAAAAAGACGCUGUUGGAAGGGCCCAACUAUUAGCUGAACAGGCCUACUUACAGCGCAAUUCGUCGAGCUGUUUCAUCUGA